AUGGGGGAGGAGAGGUGGGUGUGGAUGGGAGCAAAGAAGGUCCGUCCGGAAGUGGUGGUUGAGCUACGCGUUUUUGGGGAAACGCGGGUGUUCCAGGUUCCAGUUCUCAGCUCUUGUCUACCUGGCUGUUCUGGCUGGCCAGUGAGUCUGCCGGAGCUUACCGGUUUUGGGGGAGACAAUGGAGUCACGCGUCGUUAUGAUGGAAUGGGAUUUACCCAAUGUGAAAGGCUUGUCGGUCAGAUUGUGGCUGAGAAGUCAGUGAACUUGGUGUUGACGUGGUGCUUGGAUGGGCGCUCUGGUGGCGGAGAAAUGCGGGCGUGGCUGGAUUUAAGCGCUGUAGUUGGCGUUUGA